AUGGGGAGCAAACUCUCUCCACUCCUGGCGAACCUCUUUUUGAGUGACUUCGAAGAUGGAUUAGAGAAAGAAAGGUGUUUUCCUCGAGUCUGGAGACGCUAUGUUGACGAUGUCUUCGCAGUAGUCAAAGAGCGGUAUUUGUCGCAGACGCUUGAACUACUGAAUUCACGACAUAGAACCAUCAAGUUUACGGUAGAGCAAGAAGCAGAGGGUAAACUGCCCUUCCUUGACUUGAUGAUCUCGAGGAGGGAAGAUAAUAAACUGAAGUUUGGAAUAUAUCGAAAACCAACCUCCACGGAUCGGUAUAUAACAUCAGACUCCAAUCACUUCGGAGCCCAGCAAAAAGCAGCUUUCCACUCCAUGGCCCAUCGUCUCUACAACAUUCCCAUGGAAAGAGAUGAUUUUGUCGAGGAGAGGAACAGGAUCCACAAAGCUGCUGAGUUGAAUGGGUACGAAAGAGAGUUUGUGGACAAAAUUUUAAGAAAGCACGAGAGGCAGAAACACAGGAGUAAUGCUACGACACUGCGGCCAGAAAAGACGGAUGUGAAAAGGAUUAGCCUUCCCUUUUACCCAAAGCUGACCAACCCAAUCCAAAGGGCCCUCAACCAUCACGGAUUUCAGGUGGUAUACAAGAGUAGCAACACCUUGAAGGAUGCGUUGUGCAAUCUGAAAGACAGAGUCCCAGCCGACGAAAAAUCCGGAGUUUACCAGAUACCGUGCCAAAACUGCCCAGCGGUAUACAUUGGGCAAACACGCCGUAAGUUUAAAACUCGUCUACGCGAACACAAGAACGCGGUGGAACAUGGAAGGACUUGUGAUUCGAGUGUGGCAAUGCACGCCACGACGCUGGGACAUACUGUAGAUUGGGAGCAAGCGAAACUGCUUAAAAAUGUCCGAAAAGUUACACAACUGAACGCAUGGGAAUCCAUGUAUAUAGCUACUGCCGACCGCCCAUUAAUGAAUGAAGACGAUGCCCCAAUUUCGUCCUCCCUUUUCCACUUGACCAAGCUGAGAAUUCAGUAA